AUGAACUUGAAGCAAUCUUUGUUUCUAUGUAUAAUAUUGACCAUAUUGGUCAAAGGAGAUACUGCUAUAAAUUAACCUAGCAAUACUGAUUAGGGACUUAACUCGAAUAAUCCUUAAUUUGCAUGUAUGCCAGGUAAUUCUUGUUAUGCACAAUAGGGUCUUAUUUUAAUGGAUAGAUUUGUAUGCCAUGCUAAUAGAUAAAUGGAGGUUAUUGUACUUGUACAUCAGCAAAUACAUGUAAUUAUGUAACAUGUUCAGAUGGAUUUUAUCAAAUUGGAUUGUAAUGAAAAAUACAUAAUUUUAGAACUUGUAUUAAACAUCCAGAUACAAAUUGUGUAAGAGGAGGUUUUUCAGCAGAUGGAUCAACAAUUGUAUGUUACCAAUGUAAUGGAUAAUCAACACAAAUAGGUAUAUGAAUAUUUUAAUUUAAGGUGGAAUAUGUGUUUAAAAUAACAAUUGUAAAACUUUUAGUAUAAACACUGGUAUAUGUACAGUUUGUUCAGAUGGAUAUUAUAAUGUAUUGCCAACAUACACACCAGAUGAAUUUAAUGGAGCUUAAUCUUCAUUUGUCUACUCAACUUAUUUCUAAAGUUUUAAUUCUUGUUUACCAUGUAAUUAAUAUUGUGCAACUUGUUAAUCAGAGUAUUAUUAAAUAUUUUAUAAAUUUAUAGCACAUAUUGUAAUACAUGUGUUAAAGGUUAUUAUAUUAAUAAUAACUAAUGUCUACUUUGUUCAGAUAAAUUAACAAAAUGUGAAGCUUGUCCAAAUGAAACAAAAUGUACUUAAUGUGCAGUAGGAUCUUAUCUCAGUAAUGACAGUUGCAUACUUUGUACAACACUUGAUCAGAAUUGUUCAGCAUGUUCAAAUUCAACAACAUGUACAUCUUGUGUUACUGCUGCUUAUUAUACUAGUGGAUAAUAAUGCAUCUUAUGUUCUGAUACUAUCAGUUAUUGUAAAGAAUGUUCAAGUGGUUAAAAUUGCACAAAAUGUACAACAGGAUUCUACUUAAAAAGUGGAGCAUGUUUCCUAUGUUCUACAUAAAUGGUAAGUUGUAUGACAUGUUCUGAUGGUAAUACAUGUACAUCCUGUUCUGAUGGAACUUUUCUUGAUGGAAAUAAAUGUUCAAAAUGUACUUUAGCUAUAAGUAAUUGUGAAUACUGUUUGAAUGGUACUACAUGUACUACUUGUAAACCAAAAUAUUAUUUGAAUUAGAAUGUAUGUAAUAAUUGUUCUAAUAAUUGUGAAAAUUGUAUUAAUACAUCUAAUAAUUGUACAUCUUGUUCAUCAGGAUAUUUUUUAAAUGGAUCUACUAAUACUUGUGAUUUAUGUGAUGCUAAUUGUUUAACAUGUUUAAAUGCUGCAAAAACUUGUACAUCUUGUGUUCCAGGAUAUUUUAAAGAUGGAGAUAAAUGUACUGAAUGUUCAAAUAAAUGUUUUACUUGUGUUGAUUCAGCUACUAAGUGUACAGAAUGUUAUGUAGGUAGAUAUUUAAAUAAUAAUAAUUGUUUACCAUGUUCUAAUACAUGUACUGAUUGUACAACUUCAGCAACAUAAUGUACUGCUUGUUCUAAAGGUUCUUAUUUAAAUAAUAAUACUUGUUCAGUUUGUUCAAUUACAUGUUAAGAAUGUAUUGAUUCAUCUACUAAAUGUACUAAAUGUUAUGAUGGAAAAUAUUUAAAUAAUAAUUAAUGUAUAACAUGUGAAUUUCCUUGUGUUAAUUGUAGUAGUAAAACAGCAUGUUUGUCAUGUGUACCAGGUUUUUAUUUAAGUAAUACUGAUUGUGUUAAAUGUGCUUAUCCUUGUUAAACCUGUGGUACUGAUGGCAAAUGUACAAGUUGUGUUUCAGGUUAUGAAUAUGAUGGUACUAAUUGUUAAAUUUGUUUGAAACCAUGUACUACAUGUUAAAGUUCAUAAAAUGGAUGUUAAAGUUGUGUAGUAGGUUAUUAUUAUCAUGAUAACACUUGUAGUUAAUGUUCAAAUGAAUGUUCUGCUUGUAUUAAUAGUGCUACAAAUUGUACAAGUUGUUAUGCAGGAACAUACUUAAAUAAUAAUACAUGUUCUUAAUGUACAUCACCUUGUGCUACUUGCAAUACUUCAGCAACAUCUUGUAGAUCUUGUGUACAAGGAUUUUAUUAUGUUGGUGAUCCUAAUUACACAUGUAAUGCUUGUUCUAAAUCAUGUGUGGCAUGUUCAGUUGAUGCUAAUACUUGUUCAUAAUGUUAAAAUGGAUACUUUAAAAGUGGAAGUAGUGAUGGUCCAUGUAAUGCUUGUUCAAGUCCUUGUUUGACUUGUUCAACUUAAAAUAAUUCUUGCGAUUCUUGUGUUGAUGGAUAUUUUAAAUCUGGAGCUACUACUUGUGAUCUCUGUAAAGCUCCUUGUGCUAGAUGUGUAGAUAAUUAAGAUAAAUGUCUAAGUUGUGUUUAUGGAUACUUUUUAUCUGGAAAUACUUGUUAGUAAUGUACAUUACCAUGUACUAAUUGUGCCACUUCUUUAACUGAUUGUUCAGCAUGUGUUCAAGGUUAUUAUUUGAGCUCAAAUACAUGUAGUAAUUGUCCAACUAAUUGUACUAUUUGUGAUUCUGCAACUGUAUGUACAGGUUGUGUAGAUGGAUAUUAUGUUAAUAAUAAUUCAUGUACUGUUUGUCCAACUUAAUGUGCUAAAUGUAGUGAUGCCAAUAAUUGCACUUCUUGUGAUAUAGGAUUCUUUUUAGAUAGCACUAAUCCUAGUGCUGUUACUUGUACUAAAUGUACAAAUCCAUGUUAUGGUUGUGUUGAUAAUGCAACUAAAUGUAAUGCUUGUGAUUCAGGUUUGGUAUUAGAUAAUGUAAAUCAUACAUGCAAUCAAUGUUCUCCUGAAUGUACUUCAUGUAAUUCAGCAGAUCCAAAGAAUUGUUAAACAUGUGCAAAUGGAUAUUAUUAUAAUAAUAAUAAUUAAUGUCUAUAAUGUAGUAAUUUAUGUAAAACAUGCUCAAACAACAAUAAAGAUUAUUGUACAAGUUGUUUAUCUGGAUUUUAUUAACCUACUGGAUAAAAUACAUGUAAAGUUUGUACAGAACCAUGCAAAACUUGUGAAAAUACAGGAGAUCAUUGUCUCUCAUGUUAUUCUGGUAAUUUUUGGGAUAGUACAAACUUUUUAUGUAAAUAAUGUUAAUAUCCUUGUGUAAAUUGUAAUGAUUUAACUACAUGUGUGACUUGUGAAAAAGGAUACUUCUUACCAGAUCCUAACACUCCAGGAACUUGCUAACUAUGUGAUGCUAAUUGUGAUUCUUGUGCAACUACUAGUACUAAUUGUACUGCUUGUCCAAAUGGAUAUUAUAAAAACUUAAAUGUAAGUACUUCUACUAGUAAUUGUGUUAUUUGUACUAAUAAUUGUCUUACUUGUAAAUCAGAUACUGAAUGUGUGGAUUGUGUUAGUGGAUAUUAUAAAGAUCCAAAUAAUAAUUGUGUUUAAUGUGCAAGUAUCUGUCUUACAUGUAAUGGAAGUGGUAAUUCUGCUUGUUAGUCUUGUCCUAGUGGAGCAUAUUUGGAUGGAACAACUUGUACUAAAUGUCCAAAUGUGUGUACUGGAUGCACAUUUAAUACUUAAGUUUAAUGUAGUUCAUGUGUAGCUGGAUAUUAUGCUAAUAAUAAUUAAUGUACAGUAUGUGCUAAGUAAUGUUUGGAAUGUGAAACAUCAGCAAAUAAUUGUACAAAAUGUGAUACUGGUUUUUGGAGGAAUACAUCAUUAGCUUCUAAUUAAUGUUAACCUUGUUUAUAUAAAUGUAAAACAUGUGAUACAGCAGCUGAUUCAUGUUAAAGUUGUAUUGAUGGAUAUUAUCCUAAUAAUAAUGCAUGUUAAAUAUGUCCACUAUCUUGUACAAAAUGUACUGCCUCUGAUAAUUGUACUGAAUGUGCUAGUGGAUAUUAUAAAAAUUAAGUAGAUGCUACACACUAUAAUUGUUUACAAUGUGUAAGUCCAAUGCUUACAUGUGAAUCAGCUUCUACCUGUACAACUUGCAUGACAGGAUAUGUAUGCAAUAGUGGUAAUUGUGAUUAAUGUUCUUAUGCAUGUUCUAGUUGUUCAACUAAUCCUACUACAUGUAAUAAUUGUGUUACUGGUUAUGUCUUAAUGUCAGAUAAUACUUGUGCAGCUUGUACUUUUCCAUGUUUAACUUGUUCUAACUAAAGCGCAACUCAUUGUGAUAGUUGUCCUCCUGGAUAUUAUAAAAAUUCUAAUUCCUGUAAUUAAUGUCCAAAAGCAUGUUUAACAUGUUCAGAUUCAACUACUUGUACAAGUUGCAUUGAUGGAUAUUAUAAAGAUAAUACAAGCUGUGUCAAAUGUGUACUACCAUGUGUUUAAUGUACUUCUCAAACAGAAUGCAAAUAAAGUUGUGUCAGUGGAUAUUUCUUAUCUGGUACAAGUUGUGCAGUUUGUCCUUAAUAUUGUUUGACAUGUACUUCAACUACACCUGGAAAUUGUGGAUCUUGUAUUACUGGAUAUCAUCUUGAUAAUGGAGAUUGCAAAGCUUGUAGUUUAGUCUCAACAUCUUGUUUAGAAUGUCCUGAUAAUUAGAAUCAAUGUUCAAAAUGUCUUGGUGGCUAUUAUCUUGAUAAUAGUAAUGUAUGCUAAAAAUGUACUAGUAAUUGUCUCUUGUGUACAAAAGAUUAAUGUUCACAAUGUUUACCAGGAUAUUAUUCUGAUGGUACAACUACUUGUUAACAAUGUGUUAAACCUUGUAAUGUUUGUAAUUCAGCAACUGAAUGUACUGAUUGUUCUGAUGGAUUCUUUAUUAAUGGUAGUAAAUAAUGUUAAGCAUGUUCAACUCCAGGUUGUAUAAAAUGUCCUGGAGAUACAUGUAAUGAUUGUACAACUUAAUUGAUUGAUGAUAAUUCAUGUUCUCAAUGUUAAUUACCUUGUGCUACUUGUAAAUCAACUGGACCAACAAAAUGUUAAACUUGUGUUACUGGAUUUUUUAUAUAAGUUGAUGAUUGCAAACCAUUUGUCUUCCCAUGUAACUCCUAUACUUAAGAUGGUAAUGCUACUUGUUAAGGUUGUUUUGAUGGUUAUUAUCUUAAUAAUAGUAAUGCAUGCUUAGCUUGUGAUGCUAAUUGUAAAACAUGCUCAAAUUAAUCUGCAUCACAUUGUACAGCUUGUUAAGAUGGUUAUUUUGUAAAUACUAAUUAAUGCUAAAUUUGUGAUGCUUCUUGUGCAACUUGUGUAACAUCAAAUACUAAUUGUUAAGCAUGUGCAGAUGGAUAUUAUGCUUCAACACCACCAUUACCUGGUGCUUGUACUAAAUGUCCUGAUAAGUGUACAAAAUGUUCAGCUGUUAACACUUGCACAGGAUGCAGAGAUGGAUUUAUUCUUAAUGAAGGAACUGGAGUUUGUGAAUAAUGUACUAGUCAUUGUUUUACCUGUAGUACUAAUUUAAGUACUUGUACAGCUUGUUUAAUUGGAUUCUAUCCAACACUUCCAACAUGUACAUAAUGUAAAGCAGGAUGUCUAGAAUGUACUUCUGCAACUAUAUGUACUUAUUGUUGGGAUGGUUAUUAUAAAAGUGGAGAUGAUUGUCUUAAAUGUGAUUCUAAUUGUAAGAAAUGUGAAACUAGUGCCAAAAAUUGUACAGAAUGUGAAACAGGAUAUAAAGUUGAUGGUAGUAAGGUUUGUUAAGUUUGUACAACUGCAUGUAGUUCUUGUGUAUCUGGAAAAACAUUAGAUGGUUCAAAUAAUUGUGUUAAUUGUACUGGUUCUUGUGCAACUUGUAACUAUCCUGGUGGAGUUCAAACUUGUCUAACUUGCAAAACUGCAAAUGAAUUACCUGAUUCAUCUAAUCCUGGAUAAUGUAAAGCAUGUGUAAGUGGAGAUGGAUGCAGUACAAAUUGUGUCAGUAACUGUACAUCUGACUAAACAGAAUGUGAAAAUAAUGGAGGAUAUUAUGAUGCAGGUCCUCCUGCAGCUUGUAAUAAAUGUAGUGCUAAUUGUACAAGAUGUUCUGGAAAUGCUACUACUUGUUCAUAAUGUGUUGAUGGUUAUUUUGGAGGAGAUUGUACAUCAACUUGUGAUUCUAAAUGUUUGAGAUGUAGUGCAAAUGCUACUGAUUGUACCUCAUAAUGUAUAGAUGGUUAUUUUGGAACAGAUUGUCAAUCAACUUGUGAUUCUAAGUGUUUGAGAUGUAGUGCAAAUGCUACUGAUUGUACCUCAUAAUGUGUAAAUGGUUAUUUCGGAGCAGAUUGUCAAUCAAGUUGUGAUUUGACUUGUAAGACAUGUGGUGCAGCGGGAUCAAAUUAAUGUUCUUCAUGUUUUAGUGGAUUUUAUUUAAAUGGAGCAUAACCUACAACUUGUGAUAGAUGUUCAAAUGAUUGUUUAACAUGUUCUAAUGGAACAACUUGUUUAACUUGUAUUCCAGGAUACUUUUUAGAAUCUCCUUCAUGCACAAAAUGUCCAUAUCCAUGUCUAGCUUGUACAGCAUCUAACACUUGUUAAAGUUGUGCUUCUGGUUUUUAUGUUAAUGGUAGUCAUGCAUGUGUUUAGUGUAAUGUUGGUUGUGAUACUUGCGAUAGUUCAACUUGUAAUGAUUGUAGUAAAGGAUAUUAUAAAGAUGGUAAUACAUGUACUAAAUGUACAUUCCCAUGUUUAGAGUGUUCAGGUGCUUCAAAUGCAUGUAGUAAAUGUUUUAAGGGAUUUAAUUUAAAUGUAAAUACUUGUGAAUAAGUUUCUACAGGAUGCUAAGUAUGGUCAACAACAGCAACUCCUACUAGUUGUGAUACAUGUUAUGAUGGAUUCUACAAAGAUAAUAAUGCUUGUACUAAAUGUCCAAAUUAUUGUACUACUUGUACUUCUAAUACUUCUUGUGGUCCUUGUUUAUCAGGUUCUUAUAAAAAUGGAUCUGGUACAUGUACAUAAUGUGUAAAAGGAUGUACUGCAUGUGAUAGUGAUACUGUUUGUACAUCAUGUAUAGAUGGAUACUAUCCAAAAGCUAGUGAUGUAUGUUAAGAAUGUCCUUAAAAAUGCUUAAAAUGUUCUGAUAAUACUACAUGUUCAGAAUGUAUUGUUGGUUAUUAUCUGAAUAAUAGUAAUGCUUGUAUAGAAUGUGGCAGUCCUUGUAAAAAUUGUGUUUUAGAUGGUGCAGAUGUUAAAUGUUCUUCAUGUGCUCAAGGAUAUCAAAUCGAAAAUAAUGCUUGUAAACAAUGUCCAGAUUUUUGUUAAACUUGUGAUGCUACCUUUAAAUGUUCAUCUUGUAUAGCUGGAUAUUAUUAAAAUUCUGGAGAUGGAACUUGUAAAUAAUGUAUUACUGCAUGUAGUGUUUGUAGUGCAUUGGAUACUUGUGAUACAUGUUAAGUAGGUUAUUAUUAUGAUGCUGGAGCAAAAUAAUGUACAUAAUGUUAAAGAGGUUGCAAUGCUUGUGAUUCUACUUAAUGUACAUCUUGUGUAGCAAAAUAUUAUGCUGUUGCUGGAUAAUAAUGUCAGAAAUGUCCAGCUCCUUGUCUUACUUGUAAUGAUACUAGUGGAUCAUGUAAAGAUUGUUUAGAUGGAUAUUAUUUCAAUUCUCCAAAUUGUGUAGAAUGUCAAAGUCCUUGUACUAAAUGUUCAGGAUCUGCUAAUAAUUGUUCAGCUUGUUAAGAUGGUUAUUACAUAAAUGGAAGUAAUUGUACAUAAUGUCCAACAUAAUAUGCAUGUUAAAAAUGUGCAGUUGAUCCUGGAGAUUCAACAUUAAAAUGUAGUAGUUGUAUUACUGGAUUUUUUAUUGAUACAGCUAACAAUAAUGUUUGUCGUCCAUGUGAUACUGCUUGUACAACAUGUACUACAGGAGCAAAAGUUUGUUAAUCCUGUAUUGAUGGAUUUUAUCCUUCAAAUGAUAAAUGUUUGAAAUGUAGUUUAUCAUGCACUAAAUGUACAGAUGCUUCAACUUGUACUGAAUGUUCAAAUGGUUAUUACUAAAAUGGUAAUUCAUGCACAUAAUGCAAUUUAAAUUGCGCUUAUUGUAAUAAUUCAACUUCUUGCAAAACUUGUGUUUCUGGAUUUUUCUUAGAAAAUGACAAUGUUACUUGUACACUAUGCUCAGGUAAUUGUGCAACUUGUGUAACCUCUAGUACUAAUUGUCUUUCUUGUAUCUAAGGAUAUUUUGGCACACCAAAUUGCUCUAGCUAAUGUAAUAAUUAAUGCUUAUAUUGUUUAAAUGAUGGUACAUGUUAAAAAUGUCUACCAGGAUUCUUUUUAGAUAAUACAAAUAAUUGUUAACCAUGUAGUAAUACUUGUACUACUUGUUCUAAUAAUAGUGCUACUUAUUGUUAAUCAUGUACAAAAGGAUAUUUCUUGAAUAAUAAUACUUGUGAUUAAUGUUAAAGUCCAUGUCUUGAAUGUGCUGUCUCAGCUGAUGCAUGUACUGGUUGUUAACCAGGUUUUGUUGAAAUCAGCAAAAAAUGUGAAUAAUGUGAUGCCAUAUGUAAAACAUGUUCUACUUCAAAAAGUAAUUGUGAUUCUUGUUUUGAUGGAUACUAUUUAAAUAAUGGAACUUGUAAUUAAUGUGCUGAACCAUGUACAAAGUGUACUUAUACUGCUCCUGGUCCUGCUGUAUGUUCAAAUUGUCCUGAUGGAUAUUUCUUAAAUAAUAAUGUUUGUGCAGAAUGUAAAGAACCAUGUAAAAAAUGUUAAACUGCUGGUGACUAAUGUAUAGAUUGUUUAGAUGGAUUUUAUAAGGAUCCAAGCAAUCCUAAAUGUCCUGUUUGCAAUUCCCCUUGUGUUACUUGUCAUACAGAUGGUGAUACAUGUGAUUCUUGCAUUCCUGGAUAUUUUUAUGAUACAACUUAAGCACCACCAAAAUGUGUAUAAUGUACAACUCCAUGUUUAACUUGUGAAUAUUCUGUAGCUGCAUCAGCUACUGUUUGCAAAUCCUGUAUAUCUGGAUAUUUUUAUGAUACUUCUAAAAAUCCUGCUGUUUGUACUUAAUGUUCAACUCCUUGUGCAACUUGUGAAAACUCUGCUACUGAAUGCAGAUCAUGUAAUGACUAAGCAUAUCAUUUAACUAAAACUGCUCCUCUCACAUGCACUCAAUGUACUGAUCCUUGUAAAACAUGUAAUGCUGAUCCAACUGAAUGUACUUCAUGUCUUGAUGGUUAUGUUUUACCAUCUGGUUAAAAUAAAUGCUCGGAAUGUACAAGUCCUUGUCUAACAUGCUAGACUGAUUAAAAUACAUGCUAAAGUUGUAUUGAUGGAUAUUUCCUUUCUGGAACUGCUUGUAACCUUUGUGUUAAACCAUGUAUUAAAUGUGUUGAUAAUUAAAAUAAAUGUCUAAGUUGUAUAACUGGAUAUUACUUAUCUGGAAACACUUGCACAUAAUGUACAUCUCCUUGUGCUGCCUGUACUUCAUCUGUUUGUACUGGAUGUAUUAAAGGUUACUUUUGGGAUGGUACAAAAUGUACUCAAUGUUCUACUGCUUGUACAUCUUGUAAGACAUCAGCUACAACUUGUUAAAGUUGUUCUCCAGGUUAUUUCUUGAAUGGAACUGGUGAUGGUUGUAAUCCAUGUUCAACUCCUUGUAAAGAAUGUAUCACUAAUGCUACAUAAUGUACUUCAUGUUCCACAGGAAUGUAUCUGAGUGGUACUGGAUCUAGUGCUACUUGUUUAUAUUGUCCAUCUCCAUGUACUAUAUGCGAUGAUCAAAAUACAUGUACAACUUGUGCUGUUGGAUACUCCCUAAAGACUAGUGAACAUAAAUGUUAUUAAUGUUAAACUCCUUGUCUAACAUGUUUAACUUCAUCUACUGAAUGUGAUAAAUGUGUUGAUGGCUAUUAUAAAGAUGGUAAUACUUGUACUAUUUGUUCUAAUCCUUGUGCCACAUGUAAUGGUUCUGGAACUAAUAGUUGUAUAUCCUGUGAUGAUGGAUUCUAUCUAAAUGGAAAUACAUGUACUACAUGUACACUUCCAUGUUUAACUUGUUCAACAAAUACUAUUUGCAAGACUUGUGGAGAUGGAUUCUUUUUAGAUGGCAAUUAAGCAUGUACAGCUUGUUCUACUAAUUGUGUUACAUGUGUUGAUAGUUCAGGUAAAUGUAAAAGUUGCACUAAUGGAUAUUAUUUAGAUGGUAAUAACACUUGUCAAUAAUGUAAUAAUCCUUGUCUAACAUGUAUAACUACAGCAGAUAAUUGUAAAAGUUGUCCUAAUGCUUACUUUUAAGAUGGAACAACAUGCACUGCUUGUUAAUAUCCUUGUUAUAAUUGUAAUAAUCCAGCAAAUAGUUGUUCAUCCUGUGUUGAUGGAUACUAUAUUUAAUCAACUAGUUGUGUUUAAUGUCCUGAUCCUUGUGCAAAGUGUUCUAAUGCAUCUACUUGUACAGCCUGUUUAGCAGGAUAUUAUUAUGAUGGAUCAUAAUGUUAAUAAUGUUUAUACCCUUGUACUAUAUGUACAAGUUUAUCAAAUUGUACUGCUUGUGAUUCUGGUCAAUAUGUUAAAAAUAAUGCAUGUGAAAAAUGUAAUUCAAAUUGUUUAACAUGUUCAGUGACUGAUACUACAUGUCUCACAUGUCUUACAAAUAUGUACUUAAAAGUAAAUAAAACAUGUGAUAUGUGUUAAUCACCUUGUGCUACUUGUGAAACAUCUGCAAACAACUGUAAAAGUUGUCUUACUGGUUAUUAUUUAAAUGGUAGUUCAUGUCAAUUGUGUUUUUCCUCAAUAAUUAAUUGUGCAACAUGUGAUGAUGGUUCAACAUGUAAAACUUGUACACCAGGAUUUUAUUUGAGUGGAAAUUUAUGUCUCCCAUGUUCAACCUCUGUUGAUGCUUGUAGAACUUGUUCGAUGACAUAAAGUAAUUAUUCUUGUACUGCUUGUACAGUUGGUCUAUUUUUGGAUGUGAAUACUUGCAGUAAAUGUCAAGAUACCAAUUGUUUAACAUGUUCAACUACUUCUUCAGCUUGUACUAAAUGUUUAACAGGAUAUUAUUUAGAUAAUGGUGCAUGCAGUAAAUGUAAGAGUAAUUGUACUUCAUGCACAAGUUAAAGUACAUGUUCAUCAUGUCUUGUAGGCUAUUAAUUAAGUAAUGAUUCAUGUAAUAAAUGCAAUGAUGUUAAUUGUACUUCUUGUGUUAACUCUGUAUCUGAAUGUUCAUUAUGCAUAAUAGGAUAUUAUUUAUCUUCAAAUGGAUGUAGUACAUGUCCAUCAGGUUGUGCAGCAUGUACUAAUCAAUCUACUUGUUUAUCUUGUAUUUCUGGAUAUUACUUAUCAAAUAAUGAAUGUAAAUAAUGCUCUGCUGAUAUUAAUGGUUGUUUAUCAUGUCUAAGUAAUACAAAAUGCACAGCUUGUGAUCUUACAUACUAUUUAAAAAAUCAAUUAUGUUCAUCAUGUGUAGCAGGUUGUAAUGUUUGUACAAAUGAUACUUAAUGUAUUGUUUGCACAACCAAAUGGUAUUUAGAUUCAAACAAAACAUGUACUAAAUGUCCUACUGAAUGUGCUACAUGUUCAAGUGGUUCAGUUUGUCUAACUUGUGUAGCUGAUUAUAAACUCUAAAAUUCUAAUUGUAUUAAAUGCACAGGUUAUUCAGAUAAAUGUUCAGAAUGUACAAAUGAUUUGUGUUCUAAUUGUGUAUCAGGAUAUACUUUAUUAUCUAAUACAACAUGUGCACUAUGUCCAUCAAAUUGUGCUAGUGGAUGUACUAAAAAUACAUAAUAAAAUGCUUCAUUUUAGACUAUUUGUGGAGUUUGUUAAGAUACUUAUUAUUUGAAUGAAAAUUAAUAGUGUAAUUCAUGUAAUACAGGAAGUAACUUUGCUUUAAGAUGCACAUAUGACACUAAAGUAAAGAAAAUAACACCAACUUAAUGUAUAAACAAUUACUUCUUAGUCAAUAAUUAAUGUUAUUAAGCCUAAACAUCUAAUACAUGUUCAAGACUAUUUUAACCUAAUGAUAAUAGUUAAAUUAAUUCAUAAUUCUGUUAAGAUUGUUGGCCAACUUAUUUAUAAAGUAAUUAAAUUUGUUAUAGAUGUGCUAAUUGUGCUGAUAAUAGUUGUUCAUUAGAUUAAAAUAAUAAACCUAUUUGUAGUUUAUGCAAUAAUUAUUAUUACAGUGAUUCCAAUUAAACUUGUUAAUUAUGUAUAGCAAAUUGUGUUAAAUGCAGUGGUUCAGGUGUUGAUAAUUGUUAAUAAUGUGAUACUGGAUAUUAUAAGAGUUCAAGUGCAUGUGUUGCUUGUACUACAGACAAUAAUAAUAAAAAUACUUGUUUAAAUUGUUCAACAGAAAAUACUUGUUCUACUUGUAUUAAUGGAUAUUAUGAAUCUAAUGGAUCAUGUUUAGCAUGUCAAUAUGGUUGUAGUUAAUGUAUUUCUCCAGGAAAUGUUUGUUCUGGUUGUAUAAGUGGAUUCUAUUUAUAAAAUGGUGGUUGUGUUAAAGAUUAAGGAAAUUGUUUAGAUAAUUAAUAAAAUCAAACUAAUGGUUGUUAUGUAUGUGCAUAUGGUUUCUAUCCAAUUAAUGGAUGGUUAUCAUAAUCAGGUUAAUCAUAAGUUGUAGAUAAUUCUUGUGUCUAAUGUAUCUAUCCAUAAGCAGCAGUAUAUAUUAUUUAUUAUUAUUAAAUUAGUUUGUUUGCAGAACUAAUCCAUCUGACAAUUAAGUUUAAAGUGCUACCUAUGGAUCUGUAUCUUCAGUCAAAAAUUCUAAUUAUUUCAAAACAGCUGCUCCUUUAAGUUCCACAAGACAAACAACUGCAUAAUGUAAAAUUGGAUCAUUUUGGACUGGAUAAAGUUGUAUGCCAUGUCCAACAGUCAUUAAUGGAAUUUGUUCAUCCUGUAAUAACUUUUCAACUUGCACUUAAAUAUAAUGUAAUCCUUAAUAUUACUUAAUCACAAUCAAAAAUAUUUAAUAAUGUGCAUAAAUACCACCAGGAUGUACUGAAAUGUAAUAUUCUGAUAAAACAGUUUCUUUGGCAUGCACUAAAUGUAAUUCAGGAUAUACUUUAAUUGGUAACAUAUGUAUUUCUAUAAAUGGAUGUUUAACUAUUGAUUAGAAUAACGGAGCAUGUACUUAAUGUACAAAUGGAUAUUACUUUAAUUGGGAUUUCAUAUUACAAACUUCUAAGAGUUCAUUGACAACUAAUACUUAUUAUUAUCAAAAUUUCAAUCCAUUUUGUAGUAAAUGUAAUACAGGUUGUGCCUUAUGUCCAUCAUAAUAUACUUGUACUUAAUGUUUACCUGGAUACUUUUGGUAUUAAUCAACACUAACAACAAAUUCAUAUUCCUUUAAGACUUAUACAAAUGCUUAAACAACUGCUUCUGGUUAAUGUGUUGCUUGUCCAAAGAAUUGUUUAACUUGUUCAAGCUCAACUGUUUGUACUGCCUGCAAUACUAAUUUCACAGUAGAUCCUAACUCAACUAAUGGUGAUUGCAUAUGUUCUUCACCUUUUACAUACAAUCAAAAUACUUUAGCAUGUGAAAUGCCUACAGUUAAUUCUACUUGUUCUUAUGGAGGAUGUAUUUAGUGUAAUUCUGAUAAUACCUAAUGUCAAGCAUGUAGUCCAUAAUAUGCUUUAACAAGUACAACUACAUGUACAUAAUGUUUGAAUUGUAAUUCAUGUAACACUUAACCUGGAACUUCAAAUCCAACUUGUUUGGAAUGUGCAGAUGGAUAUUAUAAAGUUUAAGCAUAUGAUGGAGCUCCUAUCACUUGUUAGUUAUGUUCAUAAUCUUUGAAUAAUGCUUUAAGAUGUUAGGGUAUUUUAGAAAAUUAAACUCAAUUAACCAUUAUUUAAUGUGCAGAUAACUACUUUUUAUUUGGAAAUGCAUGUUAUUAAGUUGGUAGUUCAAAUUGCUAUACUAUUACUAAUAGUAAUAGUCAAUCUUGUUAAUAAUGCCUUCCUGGAUAUACCUUAUAUGGAAAUAAUUGUGAUUAAUGUAAUACCAAGAUUAUUAACUGUUUGACUUGUACUUAAAAUCAAGAUUCAACUGGAUUAAUAUGUUAAUCAUGUGUAAAUGGUUAUGUUUUAAAUACUAAUACAAAUUCAUGUUAAUAAUGUCCCAGUGGAUGCUAGAAUUGUGCAAUCACUAGUUCUACUGUUCCAUAUACUUUUUCAUGUAGUACUUGUGCUAAUGGAAAUUAUAUUGAUAUCAAUGGAAAUUGUUAGGGAUGUCCUUAUGAUUGUAAAACUUGUGAUUCAAAAUAUGUAACUAUAUAUAUCUUAUUAUUUAGAAUUGUACCACUUGUAAUGAUGGAUAUUAUUUAGUUCAAUCCUCCAUCACAUUUAAUACUAAAUCCUAUGUGUUUAAACCUUGUUAUCCUUGUUAAAACAAUUGUGGAACUUGUACUGGACCCAAUGGCAAUAUUUGUUUAACUUGUAAUACUGGUUUCGUUCUUUAAAAUGGAGGUUGUAUCGAUUUAACUUUGAAAAUUCAAAAUGAUUCAUAAACCUAUAGUUUAGCCAAUUGUUACACUUCUGAUUCCACUGGUUGUACUGUAUGCCUAGCAGGAUUUUUCUUAGAUUAAUAAAAGGUUUGCCAAGAAUGUGUUUCACCUUACAAUAAUGUAAUUAAAUUAGUAUUAUCUUUUUUAGUUUGUUUGUGGCUUAAAAGCAGUAUCUCCAACCAAUCCAACUAAUCCAACUAAUCCUGAUAAUCCAAAUCCUACCAAUCCAGAUACUCCUAUUCCAAUUGGAGAAACACCUAUUCAACCUCCAAGCAAAUAUGGUUUCAUGCUUGGCAUACUAAUUUUGAUAGUCACGAUUUGAG